GCUAAUUAUCAGGCGUAAAGUCAGGACGUGUUCUCUACGAAAAGAUGAGAUCUAAUAUAUUUUAUAUACUAAGCUUGCUUAGUGUGUCAAGUUUGGCCCAUGCUGCGAGCAAUCUGAUCUGUUACUAUGACUCGUCCUCGUAUUCGCGACAAGGUCUGGCCAAAAUGCGUACGACCGAACUGGACUUGGCCCUGCAAUUCUGCACCCACUUGGUCUAUGGAUACGCGGGUCUGAAGGCCGGAACCCACGAGCUCUUCAGUUUGAAUGUCGACCUGGACAUGUUCUACUACAAGGACAUCACGGAUCUGCGCCAGAAGUAUCCCCAACUGAAGAUUUUCCUCAGUGUGGGCGGAGAUCGCGAUGUGGAUGAGGCUCAUCCCAAUAAAUAUAUAGAGCUCUUGGAGGCGAAUCGUACGGAGCAGCAAAAUUUCAUAGAUAGCAGCAUGAUUGUGCUAAAGCGAAAUGGAUUCGAUGGCUUGGAUCUCGCCUUUCAAUUGCCCCGCAAUAAGCCCAGAAAAGUUCACGGAUCCAUUGGAACCUAUUGGAAAUCAUUCAAGAAACUCUUUACUGGCGACUUUAUAGUGGAUCCCCUGGCGGAACAGCACAAGUCACAGUUCACCGAACUCGUGGGGAAUAUUAAGAACGCGUUCCGUUCUGCCAAUCUAAUGCUUUCUUUGACGGUGCUGCCCAAUGUAAAUUCAACUUGGUACUUUGAUGUCCCCAAACUGCAUCCGCAGUUCGAUUAUAUCAACCUAGCUGCCUUCGACUUCCACACACCCCUACGAAAUCCCGAGGAGGCCGACUUCACUGCUCCCAUUUUCUUCCAGGAUGAACAGAAUCGUUUGCCUCAUUUAAAUGUUGACUUCCAGAUUAAUUACUGGCUGCAAAACCAUUGUCCCGCCCAGAAGUUGAACCUGGGUAUCGCCAGUUAUGGCAGGGCCUGGAAAUUGACGAAGAAUUCUGAGCUGAGUGGACUUCCAAUUGUCCACGAGACGUGCGGAGCUGCGCCAGGAGGUCUUCAAAUCGCAAGUGCCGAUGGCUUACUAAGUUGGCCCGAGAUUUGUGCCAAGUUGUCGCAGAAUGCAUCUGCCCCGUAUCGAGGAGAAAAUGCGCCCCUCCGCAAGGUCACAGAUCUGAACCAAAAAUAUGGAAACUACGCCCUUCGUCCGGCGGAUGAGAAUGGAGACUACGGUGUCUGGCUGAGCUUCGAUGAUCCUGAUUUUGCCGGAAUAAAAGCAGGAUAUGCCAAGAGCAAAGGACUCGGAGGAAUCGCCGUAUUCGAUUUAAGCUACGACGAUUUCCGAGGACUUUGCACUGGGCAAAAAUUCCCCAUUGUGCGAUCAAUCAAAUAUUUUAUGGGAUAGUGUAUUUUAUUGUUAUAAUAAUAAUAAAUGCAAAAUUUUAAAAUAAAUUCAAGAUUUUUAGAAACUUU